AUCUCAUUUGUUUUCUUUGCAUUGUAUUGAAGAGGACAAAAAUUAAUUAUUUUCUUUUUGUCUAUUAUUACCCCAAACAAAAAAAAAAUACAAGCUAAUUUGACCAGAAUUAAAUAAAUAAAUAACUAAUCGAUGAACUGUAUGAUAGUUGAUCGAUUUCAUCAAUAAUAUAGUUAUCUGGCUGACACUGAUUAAUUUUUCCCUUCCCAACUGUGAAAACCGAGUUGAUUUCAAUCUUAUCUUCGCCUCACUCAAAUCAUUGAUUCUCCUCAACUCAUUCGAGGAAAUUUGUGUUGAAGAGGUAAAUCAAUUUCAAUCAAUCAAUCAAACAAACAAAACAUGUCACAUAAUUUGUUUGAAAUGAAUAUGAGGUCAGGUGCUGCAGAUCUGACCACUGCUAUAGUACCUUUGCUGAAACUUAUCUGCUUAACAGUCAUUGGACUACUUCUUGCAAACCCUACAAUGCAAUUCAUCCCAAAAGCUACAUUCAAACUCCUUAGUAAACUCGUCUUUGCUUUGUUUUUACCAUGUCUUAUAUUUACCGAGUUGGGUGAAAGCAUUACUCUUCAAAAUUUCCUCGAUUGGUGGUUUAUUCCUGUUAAUGUUCUCGUCAGUACAGCUCUCGGUUGCUUCCUCGGCUUUUUAGUGGUGGUUAUAUGUCGGCCACCACCACAGUUAACUAGGUUUACUAUUAUCAUGACAGGAUUUGGUAACACUGGUAAUCUACCUCUUGCUGUUGUUGGAUCUGUUUGUCAUAGUAAGGAUAAUCCGUUUGGGAAACAUUGUAACACAAGAGGUGUGGCUUAUGUUUCUUUUGCUCAAUGGGUUGCUGUUAUUCUUGUUUAUACUCUUGUUUAUCAUAUGAUGGAGCCUCCUAUGGAGUAUUAUGAGAUUGUUGAGGAAGGUGCUGAAAUUGAAAUUGAGGAACAACAGCGUGCGCUCAAUGAUAUUAGUAGACCGCUUCUUGUUGAAGCUGAGUGGCCUGGUAUGGAGGAUAAAGAGACUGAACAUUCUAAGACACCCUUUAUUGCUAGGGUGUUUAAGAGUAUCUCAGGAAUUUCCUCGUCCGCAAUUCCUGAUCUUGAGAUCACGGCAGAACACAAUGACGGUAACAACAGUCCAAGGUCUAUUAGGUGUUUGGCAGAACCUAAAGUUGUUAGGAGGAUAAGAAUUGUUGCUGAACAAACUCCACUUCAGCAUAUACUUCAACCGCCAACAAUUGCGUCUCUGUUAGCUAUCAUAAUUGGCACAGUGCCUCAAUUGAAAGCUUUGUUCUUCGGAUAUGAUGCUCCGUUGUUGUUUAUUACCGACAGUUUAGAGAUAUUAGGUGGAGCAAUGGUGCCUUCUGUGAUGCUUAUAUUAGGGGGUAUGCUUGCUGAAGGACCAAAUGAGUCUAGACUUGGACUUAGAACUACAAUUGGUAUUGUUGUGGCAAGGCUAUUAGUACUUCCUAUCAUUGGUAUUGGGAUUGUUGCAUUGUCGAAUAAGCUUAAUUUCUUGGUUGAAAAUGAUGCGAUGUUUAGAUUUGUGCUUUUGUUACAGUACACAACACCUAGUGCUAUAUUACUUGGAGCAAUUGCUAGCUUGAGAGGUUAUGCAGUUAGUGAAGCUUCGGCACUUCUUUUCUGGCAGCAUGUGUUUGCCCUUUUCUCAUUUUCCUUAUACACUGUAAUAUACUUCAAAAUAAUUGAGUAUAUUUGAAGUUGAUUUAUAUAUGUUUUACUACCUUGAAAUUGAUUAUGGGGUAGUAGUUAGAAGAUUGUAGCCAUUGUUUGUUGUCAAAGGUUGGAGUUGGAGUUAUGAUGAUGUAAAAUUGUUAGUUUUAUUGGUUUGGUAUUUUGAUGAAGAUACAAAUAAUGUUAUUGCAAUGAUUUUGAAUUGGAUUUAUGUGGUAAACCAUGUUUAUCGUUUGAAA